CCGCCCCCUUCUCGCCGGCCCGCCCCCUCUCCUCCCUCCGCCCGCCCAUUUUCCAUCUGUCGCAAGAGACACGGCGGCGCUUGACGGCCAGCGUCGUUUGACGGCUGGAGGCAACCGAGAAGAAGGAGGAAGCAGCGGUGGCAGCUGCCGCGGCGGCUGCAGCAGGGGCCGGGGUGGGCGCCGCGGUCCAGGCCGAGGAGUGAGGCGCGGGCGGCCGGGCCGGUGGGCUGGGCGGCGGGCCCGGCGGCCGCCCCCGCGCCCUUGCCCGCGCCUGGCGGCCCGAUGUGGCUGCAGCAGCGGCUCAAGGGGCUGCCGGGACUGCUGUCGAGCAGCUGGGCCCGCCGCCUCCUCUGCCUGCUCGGCCUCCUGCUGCUGCUUCUGUGGUUUGGGGGAUCGGGGGCGCGGCGGGCGGCGGGCGGCCUGCAUCUGCUGCCCUGGUCCCGCGGCGAGCCGGGCGCCGCCGAGCCGUCUGCCUGUCUGGAGGCGGCCACCCGCGCCUGGAGCGGCCUGCGGGAGCGCGGCGAGGCGGUACCUCUGGGCUCUGGAGUGCCGGCCCUGGUGGCCAACGGCUUCCUGGCUCUGGACGUGGCUGCCAACCGACUGUGGGUGACCCCUGGGGAUCGGGAGCCCGCCGUGGCGCCGGACUUUGUGCCCUUCGUGCAGCUGCGCCCGCUGAGCGCGCUGGCCGAAGCUGGAGAGGCGGUACUGCUGCUACGGGAGGGGCUGCUGCGCCGCGUGCGUUGCCUGCAGCUCGGGUCCCCAGGUCCCGGCCCCGUGGUCGCUGGCCCCGGGCCCGCCUCCGCCUCCGGCCUUGCGGCGGGGUCCUGCCGCGACUGCGUGCUGCUGCAAGAGGACUUUCUGGCGCAUCGGGGCCGACCCCACGUCUAUUUGCAGCGCAUCCAGCUCAACAACCCCACGGAGCGCGUGGCCGCGCUGCAGACUGUGGGGCCUACUGCUGGCCCAGCCCCCAAGGCCUUCACCAGUACCUUGGAGAAGGUCGGAGACCAUCAGUUCCUUCUCUACUCAGGCCGGUCCCCGCCUACGCCCACUGGGUUGGUGCACCUGGUGGUGGUGGCCGCCAAGAAGCUAGUGAACCGCCUCCAAGUGGCUCCCAAGACGCAGCUAGAUGAGACGGUGCUGUGGGUGGUGCACGUCUCCGGCCCCAUUAACCCCCAGGUGCUCAAAAGCAAAGCAGCCAAGGAGCUCAAGGCGCUGCAGGACUUGGCACGGAAGGAAAUGCUGGAGCUUUUGGAGAUGCCGGCGGCGGAGCCGCUUCAAGACCACCAGCUCCUCUGGGCUCAGCUCUUCAGCCCAGGAGUGGAAAUGAAGAAGAUCACUGAUACCCACACGCCGUCUGGCCUGACCGUGAACCUGACGCUUUACUACAUGCUCUCCUGCUCUCCAGCCCCGCUGCUCAGCCCCUCCCUGAGCCACAGGGAGCGAGACCAGAUGGAGUCGACGCUCAACUAUGAAGAUCACUGCUUCAGCGGCCAUGCCACCAUGCACGCCGAGAACCUGUGGCCAGGGCAGCUGUCCUCCGUCCAGCAGAUCCUGCAGCUCUCUGACCUGUGGAGGCUGACCCUCCAGAAGCGAGGCUGCAAGGGUCUGGUGAAGGUGGGCGCCCCAGGCAUCCUGCAGGGCAUGGUGCUCAGCUUCGGGGGGCUGCAGUUCACGGAGAACCACCUCCAAUUCCAGGCUGACCCUGACGUGCUGCACAAUAGCUAUGCAUUGCACGGCAUCCGCUACAAGAAUGACCACAUCAACCUGGCCGUGCUGGCGGACGCCGGGGGCAAGCCCUACCUUCACGUGUCUGUGGAGUCCCGCGGCCAGCCUGUCAAGAUCUACGCCUGUGAGGCGGGCUGCCUGGAUGACCCGGUGGAGCUGACCUCUGCGCCUUCGGGCCACACCUUCUCGGUCAUGGUGACACAGCCCAUCACACCGCUGCUGUACAUCUCCACCGACCUCACACACCUGCAGGACCUGCGGCACACGCUGCACCUCAAGGCCAUCCUGGCCCACGAUGAGCACAUGGCCCAGCAGGACCCCGGGCUGCCCUUCCUCUUCUGGUUCAGCGUGGCCUCCCUCAUCACCCUCUUCCACCUCUUCCUCUUCAAGCUCAUCUACAACGAGUACUGUGGGCCUGGAGCCAAGCCCUUCUUCAGGAGUAAGGUAGGAAGCCGCCGUCUGGUUGAAACCCGAGGCCUCGGCCUUGCUCUCAGCCCUAUGUCUCGGGAGGGGCUGGCCUGGCGAGGGGGGGUGAGGCCUGGGCAGGAAUGGGUGUCCUGAUGCCCUCAGCCCUUGACACCAGAGAGAAAGAGAGUGCAAGUGUUUUGAGAGGAGACGACAAGGAAGGGAAAGCUGUGGAAAUCCAGGUGUGAACUGAUGGUCCUCUGACUUCCCAGGGCAUCUCUCCCCUUCUCCUCCCCUGUCAUAAUCUCAGCGUUUAAAAAAUAACUACAAGCUAGGUGUGGUGGCUCAUGCCUGUAGUCCCAGCUACUUGGGAGGCUGAGACAGGAGGAUCCCUUGAGCCCAGGAGUUUGAGGCUGCAGUGAACUAUGAUUGCACUGCUACACCCUAGUUUGGGCAGCAGAGCAAGACCCUGUCUCAAAACAGAAAAAAAAAAAAAGAAAAAAAAAUUAGAGGCAGGGCCUGGUGGCUCAUGCCAGUAAUCUCAGCACUUUGGGAGGCCAAGGUGGGAGGAUCUUUUGAGCCCAGGAGUUUGAGACCAGCCUGGGCAGGAUAACAAGGGGCCUUGUCUCUACAAAAAAAAUUUAAAAAUUAGCCAGGUAUGGUGGUGCACACUUGUAGUCCUAGUUACUCAGGAGGCUGAGGUAGGAGGAUCACUUGAGCCCACAAAUCUGAGGCUGCAGUGAGCUGUGAUUACACCAUUGAACUCCAUCUCAGGUGACAGAGGAAGACCCUGUCUAAAAAAUAAUAAUAAUGAAGCUGGCCGCACAGAUUAAAUACUUUGGGAGGCUGAGGUGGAUAGAGCACCUGAGGUCAGGAGUUCAAGACCAGCUUGGCCACUGUGUAUUUUUAGUACAUGGUGAAACCCCAUCUGUACUAAAGAUACAAAAAUUAGCCGAGCUUGGUGGUGCACACCUGUAAUUCCAGUUACUCAGCAGGCUGAGGCAGGAGAAUUGCUUGAACCCAGGAGGCAGAGGUUGCAGUGAGCCGAGAUCAUGCUAGUGUACUCCAGCCUUGGUGACAGAGUGAGACUCUGUCUCAAAAAACAAAUAAAAUGCUAUGAUAAUAAAAAUGACUGCACUGAGCCCCUAGGUUGACUUGAGGCCUCUGUCUAAACUGCUGGCGAGAACCCAGCUUCCCCCCAGUGCCUGUUCAUGGCGUGCAGAGGUCAGUCCCUCGCUCUGGGCCUUGGGCUGGAGUGGCCAUCUUGUUAGCACAGGACACAGGACAGAAGCAUUCCCCUCCAGUUUCCUGAGACAUCUUCGCUCCUGGAAGCUGCGAUUUUGGCCAUCAUUGCUGCAUCUUGGGAUCAGCAUUCCUGUUGCAGGGUGAGGCUGCCUACUGUGCCCUGCCACCUGGCCUUCUGUGCUUUCUCUGGAGAAAGACCAGCAGGGAUUCUAGGGGGAGGCCUUUGCUAGCAGUUGUAGAAGAUGAUGUUUCCCAAAGAGCUGAGCUCUCUCCCCUUCCCUUCUCUUCUCUCCUCCCUCAUCCCCCUGCCCUCUCCCCGCUCCUCUUUCUCCCUUCCCCUCCCUUCUCUUCUUCUCUCUUCUCAUCUUCUCUUGUUAAACUGUAGUGACAGUAGAGAGGUAUAUUAGGCUCUGCAUCUGUGCUCCCAAGUAGUCAAAGAGCUCAGAUUCCACCCUGGAGAAAUGGGAAGUGCCCCAUCACAUCCACAGGGAUGCCUUCGGCUUCUAGUUUCUGGCCCAAGACCAGGACUUGGAAAAGGAAGCAGAACUUGACCCGAAAGAGCAGAAGAGUGGGAGACAGGUCUGAGUUCCUCAAGUUUGAAGAACAUAUCAAAAGUCAGAUCAAAAAGGACCAUGCAGAGGCCUUCCUUGGGAGCUACCUCUGAACUAGCUGCACUAGGACAGGCGCCAAAUGUGCAUCGCGUAGGUUUUGCCGUCUGUUUGGCAGGCGGCUGCUUUUCCCUGCUGCUUGGUGGCUUCUCUGCCCUCGCUCUUGAGCACACCUUCGGUUCCCCCCACAGUUGGGGAGAUGAGCCAGACAACCUUCAUGGGGUACUGACCAGUCUCUCCUCGAUGCAGGCUCAAGCUGGGCCAUGCCAGAGCAGAGCCAGUGAACACUCCAUGCCAGCUCCAGAAGGGCCCAGGCCACUGAGUGUGUGGUACUUCUGCCCAGCUGGGUCAGAGCCAGGGUGUGAUGCCACUGGGGUUGUCUCCAUAGCCUAUUUCUGUAGCUGGCCACAGGGGUUGGCAGUGAACAAUAAUCACACUUGUUUUGUGAAUU